AUGGCCGACCGAAAGAGGUUUGGUGAUCGAGACUAUUUUGAAGGCGGUAAACCACGGUUAGAUGAUCCGCCAAAUUCUAGCAAAAAUAUCACAGAAGAUGAUUUUCGGACUGCAUUUGAAAAGUUCGGAACAAUUGAGGAAGUAUGGGUCGUUAAAGACAAGACUUCUGGAGAACCGAAAGGUGUAACGUAUAUUAAAUUUUCGAAGACAUCUGAAGCAGCUCUUGCAUUAGAAGAAAUGAAUGGAAAGUGUAUUGGAUCUGCUAAUCGCCCUUUAAAAGUGAUGAUUGCACACAGCCGAGACCAAGGAUCCAAAAGAGAAUCCAAUGAAGAAGAGAGGUUGCUACGUUUAUUUUGUGUUGUUCCCAAAACAACAACUGAUCAGAUGUUAAGAGAUCAUUUUAAACAAUUUGGAGAUAUAGAUUAUGUUUCCGUGGUGAAGGAUCGGGAAACAAAAGAAAGCAGAGGAUUUGCAUAUGUAAAAUAUCACAAGAUUUCCCAUGCUGCAAAGGCAUUUGAAAAUUGUGAUCGUACAUAUAAAGCUGUUUUUGCUGAGCCAAGAAAGAAAAACUCGCUGGAUUCGUUUGAUCGAUACAGUGGUCCAUCGAUGGGCCAAGACCCAAUGUUUUCUCCAUUUGGAUCUAGUACUACUCUUGUGUUUUUUGGAUUUGAUAGCGUUGCAAAUAUUUCAGUGGAAAUGAGUGGUUAUCCAAAUGCUGAGGGCUGCAAUUUGAGAGUAAUUGCAUCACCACACCUUAAUCAAGAUCAGCUGUGGAAGUUGUUUGACAUUGCUCCUGGCCUAGACUUUCUCUAUUUGGAUCCAAAAGCAAAAUUGGGCAAGGGACAUGCAGUUGUGGUUUACAACAACCCUCAGGCAGCGGCCUAUGCACAGGAGAAGUUGCAUGGCUUUGAAUAUCCUCCAGGCCAGAGACUCAUUGUGAAAAUGGAUCCAUCUGCUCGAAAUGAUUUACCUCUAAACAUGCAAUCACGAGGGGGAAUGAAUCGUGACACGUUCUCGGGUUCAACAUCUCCCAGACUACCAGGCUCGAGUUCAGCCGGCCCAACAUCACGCUCUCUUCCCCCAGACUUAGCAUCUCUUGCAGAAACAAUCGCUCAGGCCACAUCUCUAAUCCAAGCCGCUGGCCUCGCACCAGGUUAUUUAUUGUUUGUAAUCCGGGACCUCCUCCUGCAUAUGCAUUGCGAGAUGUCUUUGGGAGAUUUGGAAAUUUAAUUGACGUCUACAUGCUCAGUGGAAAGAACUGUGGCUAUGCCAAGUAUGCCAGUAAGGAGUCUGCAGAAAAUGCCAUUCAGACACUCCAUGGGCAGGAAGUUUGUGGUAUCAGAAUGAAGGUAAUGGCAGCUGAUCCACGCACUGAUGACCGUAGGAAAAGAUUGAAAAUGGAAGACCAGUAAAUUCAAAGAGAUUUCCCUUUUGUGACGUGACGAGACGGAAACAUACUGCAUUGAAACGAAGACCCUGACGACAACAACAAAUUCUUACAACAAAAAUAAUAGACCAUGAUUGCACGUAACAAGUCAGGGUACAUAGUGAGCAGCUACAUACAUAUUGUUUUGAGUUUUAAAUGACAAGAAGUACAAUGACUUGUCAGAUGACAUUGGACAUUAAUAGAUUUGCUGUCUGUUCUUUUCUCUAGUUCCAGUGUUGACUGUUAUUCAUUCCUCUUCCUUCCAAUUACCAAUCAACAGUAUAUGUAUGUAAUUGUAUCUCUAAUUGGUUAGAGAUUUUAAAAAAGCAGCUUGAAGCGCUUCUUUACACGAGAUACAUCCUCAUUUUGUACAAGUGUUUUAUGUUGUGUGAUAUGUGGGGUUCAUUAAACUUUAUUUUCCGAUCUUGUAUAAUGUAGCAGAUUUCUGUGUUAUGUAGUAUGUGCUCUAUUACAUGUAUAUGUAUCCAAAUCCUUGUGUGGUCAUUUUUAAUUUAACAAUAGAAAGUGCACUUGUAAAAUAAUAGUGAUUAUUUGUGUAUGUGUGUGUGUUUGGUUGUGUUAGUGUGCAUAAAUUCCUAGACAGGUUUCUCAGCAUCCUUACUACAUGUUCCUGCCAAGUGAGAAAACAUUGAACAUAGAACUUCAACAGAAGGUAAGCAUGUAUGCUCAUUUGUAUUGGAACCUUUCAGAAUCCAUGUGAUAUAAAAUAUAUUAGUCCUCCAAGUGUGCAUUUAUUGACACACAGAAUUAAUGGACUCGAUAAUGUACUUUCAUUAAAAGAAUUUGCUAUUCUUAAAACAGCAGUAGUGUGUGAGAUACUUGUACAAAGUAGUUGUGUGCCAGAAGCAAUGAUGGUCAACACAAAUCAACACAAGCAUGUCAGUAUCUUUAAACAAAUGCAGUGUCUUGAAUUAAGCAAUACUUAGCAGUGUGAAAUUCCUUUUUCUGAGCGUACAGUACUAUCAUAUUGAUAGUGUGAUGUUUGUUUAUGCUAUUUAGCACAAUUUCAUAUAGUUCCUGCAUUGUGCUUCAGUGUUGUGUAAGAAAGUAAAUUACACAUACAAAGUAUGAAGGCCUUUCCCCUUGCUAAUCAAUAAGAGAACUGCAUUAUUGCAUCAUCCUCUUUGAAAUGUUGUUUUAUUUAUAAUGUGUCUUAUACCAAUCGCUAGAUAAGUAGCACAGUAUUUAUUUUCUAGCCCUGUGAUCUAAUGCUAAUUGAAGAGUGUAGAGAUAAUUUCAGUGUUCAAUUUGCAUUGAAUGUAAGAUUAUGUAUUUCCAAAUUGUCUUUCAAUAGUCUCUGAAAUAUAGUAUAAUUCAUGAAAAGAAGUAUUUGAACCUUGUUGAGUUCGUUUUACACUUCUAAGAAGUGACUGUUUUGUCUGAAUAAAUCAUCAUACGGUGUUGAUAUUUCUUGAUGUUCACUCAGUACUCUUGAAUAAAGCAUAGUUUGUUUUUGGGCCUUUGAAGUAACAAUUAGGGCUGCCCCAGACAUCUGGAAAAAUUGUCAUUCAGUAUGCUGCAAAAAUUUGAGUUUCAAUUAAAAAUUUCUUUGGGGUUUGUGAAAUAGGAAAUGCCUUUAUGAACUUUACAAAUGGCACUUUAAUUUCAAAUCUUGGUAAUAUAGACUUGUGUGUAAAAUCAUGCACAGUUUGGGAGCAGUGGUUUUGCAAUAAGUUGGGGCUCUGCAUCAGAUUUCUACAGGACUUUUUUUUUUUUUUAAUGUGAACUUACCUGAUCUAACAAUACAAUUUUUAUAUUUUAAAUUGUUCAUUGGAAGUGUAUUCUAAUUGAAAUGUAUUUUGUAUACGAUUGCAUUAUUUAAUACGAUGUGCUUAGGAAAAAAAAUAAAUAUUUUUUAAAAGGCAAUAAGUAUCUUUAAAAAUAUUAGUAAUCCAAAGUUAGUCUUCCUUAUAAAGUUCUUUCAAGAACGAAUUUCAUCAAAAAUAUUUAUAGUGUAUCUUGAGUGGCUCUUUUCCUUUCUAAAAUAAAGUGAAUGCAAAAACUUGUCACUCAAGUGGUUGCAAUUUUAUUGACGUAUUUGGUGUGGAAAAUAAGCAUUCUAUUAAAAAGAUAAUCUUCAAAAACUAUUUGAUGUGCAUACAAAUUAAGAUAAUUUGCUGAUCAAGAAAUGUUUCCAGUUAGUUGCCCUUUUCAGUUCAGUUAAGUUAAAUUUUGCAAUCUAUCUCGCUUUCAAAAUUACAAUAAUAUUAGUAUCAGAAUAAAUUCAAUUAAUACACAACUUCCUUAAAUUGUUUGUAAUGAAGUUCACGGCCCUGGGAAAACUAUUUGUUCGACCUUGCUAUAUAGUUGUGCCACUUUGUGGGAACUUGAACUUCGAAUAUUAGUUUGUUGUUGUUUUUAUUUAUUUGCUCUUUAUUAAUAGUAAUCAACCAUUCAUUUAUUUUUAUUGUAGAACUUUUUUUUUUGUUCCCUUCCAAAAAACAUUCAACAUUAACAUUGUGUUCAAUUGUCAAAAAGUCUAAAGAACCUUAAAAAUAGUUGGUAUAGUAAAAAUUAUUUUCAAACUUCUGAAAGGAGGAUGCUAUAUUAAGAAAAAUUAGUUUUUCUCAUUGUAGAAUGGUCUUUCUUCCAAAUUGUAUUCUGUUUAUGAAAAAUUAUCUUUUGUAAGCAUUUUAUUGAUAGUGUUUCUUACAUUGAAAAGUCUGUAACGAGAGCAAUAUUUUUGAGUUGGAUGUUGCUGACAUUCUGAUAAUACAAAUAUUUAUGUACAUGCUAUUGGGAGUUCUGGGUUAAGACAUCAUCUAAAAUUGUAAACUUUAUUCUCUGUAAAUUUUAGUAAUGAAGUCAGUUGCUCAUUGCACCUUUUCUUGUUUCUCCCUUCAGAAAUAUGGUUUUCAGCAUUCUUAUUUCUUAAUAAUCAAGCAAAGUUUGUCUACUCCUUUUAAACUUGUACUCGGAUUUAAAUGUAGUGUGUUUACACGGUUACAGGCUGAAAGGAGAGGGGGACAUUGUCAUCCAAUCGGGAGCUUCAAUACCAAAUAUGAAAGUUAUAAUGAAGCCCCCUUCUCUUUGCAGCUCGUAACAAUGAAUGUUCACUACAUUUAAAUCUUUAAUGUCUGCUGUAAUACAUUUUAAUGCAGUUUUCUACAAAAUUUUUCUGAGGUGAAGUUGUGCCUUAAAUCAUUUCUGCUCUAAGGUGCAAUAGAAACAAUAAAGGAAGUGUAAAUUAAUUUGUUAUCAUUUUGUGCUUUUGAAAGCUAGAGCAGAAAGUAAGUGCCAUCAUUAGCAAAAUACCUAUGUAAAUUUUCUUUUGUACUUACUUUUAUUAUAAAUAUUACUAGAUUCAUAUAGAAGCUGUGACGUAAACCCAGGAAACAGGGUUAAGAAUUACUUUGAAAUGAGGUUUAUGUUAAUAAUAUUCUUAACUUCUUUGAUUACUGAAUUUAUUGUGGUUCAUUUCUAUUGUAUUUAAUCAUCCAUUUUGCUGGAGAAUAGUAGUGGCUAGAAGUGUUGAUUCAGUUUCUUAUUUUACUUAAGUAUGAAGUAAAAUAAACUUCACUUUCUAUAUAAAUUCGUGUUUGAAUAGAUCUUGCAAUUGCAUUCUGUUAAUGUCUAGUGAGACGGAAGGAAGACUGAAGAUUGAUUCACAAUUGAAGCCAUAGUUUGGAAAUUGGUAUUUUUCUGUAAACAUGUUUUAUGCGCAUGAAAUGUGAACUUGCAAUAACCAUUACAUAUUCCUGCUUAAGAAGUUUGACUUGUAAUAUAUAUCUUGGUGUGUAUCUAUAUUAUCUGAUCCUAGAAAUAAAGAAUACAAUGUAACUAAUCCUGUUUUGAAUAAUGUUUGAGGUGGAAUAUCAACA